AUGGGUGCCAAGGGUGUACUUAACAUUGUUUGGGUCAAUGUUAGCAACAUCCCUUUGGACAAAAGAUGUGAAAAAAAUAUUGCAUAUGUUGGAUCUUUGGUGGGUGUAACUCUAGACAUUGAUAAGUCUACUGUCAACGGACCCGAGUCGGUCAGGAUCAAACUGGGUUGUAGAGAUGCUGAGGACAUCCCAGCUAAGGCAGAGGGGGUAUUGGGAGAUCAUUUUUAUGAUUUCUUCUAUUCAGUGGACAAAAUCCUUGUUAAAAAUACCCCAAAAGAAAAAGUGUCAGUACCUUAG